AUGCAGGAGCCUGCAACAGCACUAUGGGGACUGGUUAUCAGCGACGCCGACUUCGCAAAGCUCAAAGCCGGUUUCGAACCUCAGGAUCAAGAUGACAAAUGGCGCGUAUCAGUCAAAGAUCAGAGCCAGGAUGACAACAUCUCCAUUCAUAUUUCUCGGACGGCGACGAACAGGGAAUUCUACGUGCUUUUUGUGAAGCCAAAUGACGGUGGGAGCAGCAGUGGUGCGGAGAUCGAGUCGAUCACCUGGGAACAGGACAAAGGUGGAAUUCGUAUCUCGGAGGAGCAGGCCAAGAAAGAAGUGGUUAUCGUAACUAGAUGCAUUCUAGAGUGCGAUUUGAAUUCGCUUCCAGACUAUGAUGUUGCCGAGAUGUGGAAUCAUCCUGCUGCUCAGAUAGGCGCUAACUGA